UCAGGCCAGGAUGCUUUCCAUGGAACUUUAUGGCCUUUGAAAACCUCGGAUGUGUGCCAGGCCAUGCCCUGGACACUGACGGGUUUGUGAUCUUGACCUCCAUGGUUACUUUCUGGGGUCCCAAGCUGUGUCCUGGACAUCUCUUUCUGGUUAAAGGAAUAAUGGGUGAUGAUUUCUUUCUGAGAGUGACAGUAACCCCAGGUGGAGAUAGGGAUGCUAGACCCUGUGCUUCUUGGGAAUUUGGAUUUAGUAUUUCCAGGCCCCACCCUCGUUCAUUCUGAUCAGCUCUGGAGCAGAGGCAGGGAGUUUGCAAUGUGAUACACUGCCAAUAUUGAGAAUUAGUGAACCGAGCCCUUUGCAACCAUCUAGCUAGGUAGAUUACCCCCAUGUUCUUGAGGCAGGAUUAGGCGCCCAAUGUAAGGGACUCGCCUAAGGUCUCACAGUGAGUAGAAGCAGGGCCUGGGAUUUGAUCCCAGGGCUCCGAGCCCAGGACCGACUGCAAUAAGAUGGGUGCUAGGAAGUGAGUCAGGGCAGGAGAGUUGGUAUCGAGGUGCUUCAUGGGAGUAAGGGGACUCCUUCUGGGCGGCUGCAGGCCUGGGGCUAUCUGCAUCUGGAGCCCCUUGGAAUAAAGCGCAUUGACCGCCCAGGCUGCGCUCGCUCCUGCCUCAACGCGCCGGCCCCGCCCUCCGCCGCCACACUUCCGGCGGGGCUGCGACCACAGAGGGGCGCGGGCGAGCGGGCGGCCGGCCGCUGAGGGUGGCGGGAUAGGCUGGGCGCGGCCGGCGCUGCGGACCCGCUACUGCUGUCCGGGUCUGUACGGUUCCGAGGGCCCUCCGUGCCGCCGGCGCCAUGGGCAAUUGCCACACAGUGGGGCCCAACGAGGCGCUGGUGGUUUCAGGGGGCUGUUGUGGUUCCGACUAUAAACAGUACGUGUUUGGCGGCUGGGCCUGGGCCUGGUGGUGUAUUUCCGACACUCAGAGGAUUUCCCUAGAGAUUAUGACGUUGCAGCCCCGCUGCGAGGACGUAGAGACGGCCGAGGGGGUAGCUUUAACUGUGACGGGUGUCGCCCAGGUGAAGAUCAUGACGGAGAAGGAACUCCUGGCUGUGGCUUGUGAGCAGUUUCUGGGUAAGAACGUGCAGGACAUCAAAAACGUCGUCCUGCAGACCCUGGAGGGACAUCUGCGCUCCAUCCUCGGGACUCUGACAGUGGAGCAGAUUUAUCAGGACCGGGACCAGUUUGCCAAGCUGGUGCGUGAGGUGGCAGCCCCUGACGUUGGCCGCAUGGGCAUUGAGAUCCUCAGCUUCACCAUCAAGGACGUGUAUGAUAAAGUGGACUAUCUGAGCUCCCUGGGCAAGACACAGACUGCUGUGGUACAGAGAGAUGCUGACAUCGGCGUGGCCGAGGCUGAACGGGACGCAGGCAUCCGGGAAGCUGAGUGCAAGAAGGAGAUGCUGGAUGUAAAGUUCAUGGCAGACACCAAGAUUGCUGACUCUAAGCGAGCCUUUGAGCUGCAAAAGUCGGCCUUCAGUGAGGAGGUUAACAUCAAGACAGCCGAGGCCCAGUUGGCCUACGAGCUGCAGGGGGCCCGUGAGCAGCAGAAGAUCCGGCAGGAAGAGAUUGAGAUUGAGGUUGUGCAGCGCAAGAAGCAGAUUGACGUGGAGGCGCAGGAGAUCCUGCGCACGGACAAGGAGCUCAUCGCUACGGUGCGCCGGCCCGCCGAGGCCGAGGCCCACCGGAUUCAGCAGAUUGCCGAGGGUGAAAAGGUGAAGCAGGUCCUCUUGGCACAGGCAGAGGCUGAGAAGAUCCGCAAAAUCGGGGAGGCGGAGGCAGCAGUCAUCGAGGCGAUGGGCAAGGCGGAGGCCGAGCGGAUGAAGCUCAAGGCAGAAGCCUACCAGAAAUACGGGGAUGCAGCCAAGAUGGCCUUGGUGCUGGAGGCCCUGCCCCAGAUUGCUGCCAAAAUCGCCGCUCCACUUACCAAAGUUGAUGAGAUUGUGGUCCUCAGUGGGGACAACAGCAAGGUCACAUCAGAAGUGAACCGACUGCUGGCCGAGCUGCCUGCCUCUGUGCAUGCCCUCACGGGCGUGGACCUAUCUAAGAUACCCCUGAUCAAGAAGGCCACCGGUGUCCAAGUAUGAGGCUCCUGCAGGCACAGUCUCUUCGGCAGCCACCCGGCCCUCCCUCCAGCACCCGUUUUAAUCCCACAGGAACAACGGGAAUGUUACUGACUCUGGUGCCUUAUCUUGAAGGGACCAGAAGUGCUGUGCGUUCAGGCCAUCUCUGGCUGUCUUCCCAUCUCUCCUGUCUCUGUCCACCUCCUCUUCCUCUCCUUUACCCCACGUUCACUGCCACUUUCAUCAGGUUUGUCUCUCAUCUCCCUGUGUGUCUUCCUUUGUCUUUUUCUCUCCCCCCAUGCACAACAUGUAGUAUAAGCUGAAGAUGUUUAUUACAAUCACUCUCUGUCUGUGGGGGGCGGCCCUGCUGCUCCUCAGAAUCCUGGUGCCUUGAAGUUCUCUGUGUAUCUGUCCGUCCUCCCUAUGGCCCUGGCCAGAACUCAGCAUGGGCAGGGGUUCUGGGUAGGACGGUAACUGUCGCCUCUCCUGGACUGGUCUUCCCAGCCCUAAACCCUGCCCCAGGAAGCCCACAACCUCAUCUGCCCCAGGCCCCGGCUGGCACUCAUACUCUGUAUUCUCUCCCCAUCCCAGGGGCACAGAGGCAAGGCCUCCUGCCUGCAGCAGCUUCCUCAGUUUCCUACUGCCUUAGGAGGCCCCUGCUUGUGCUCAGGGAAGGACUCUUCGUGGGCAUGUUCCUGCUGGGGCAGUGGGGCUUGGUCCCAACUCUGCUAAGUUUUCUGAGAUCAGGGUCUAGCCCUGUUGGGGAUAGAAAAGUAUGUAGACCUUUCUGCUAGGGCUGCAGUAUCCUGGGUUUUGGGUCCUUCCAGUGGGCAGGGCUGUGCCAACCCUGUACAGAAUCGAGUGCUGUAGCCUGGCCAGACCCCAGAGCCCUUGUGCUAUUUUUCUUCUGGCCAGAGUGAUAGGGUUCCACUCAUGAGGAAGCAGCCCAAUCCUCUGCCUCCUUGCUCCAAUGGAGGCAGAAGAGCCUAGGACACAAGUGUCCUGGCAGGGGCGCUGUGGUUGUCCAGUGGUCCCGGCUCCCCACCCUGGCCCUGCCCCAGCCUGUGUAGCUCUUCCUGCAUGUGGAUGCUGCAUGUCUGGUCUGGGGCUUGGAUGUUGCACUGCCCCACUGCCUGUCCCUUCUGGUAAAAUAAAGAUUUCUUAAUGCCCA